GACAGUCAACAGCAGGGAACCCAAGAUCCUAUCUCCUCUCCCCACAGGCUGAAAGUGGACUCUUUGGCCUGUGUAUCCUGUGAAGUUGGCAGGGUGUCAUUUACUGUUCAUUUAGUAGGGGAUCCAGGAAGAAAAAGAAGGUACCCCAAACGCAGCAACUGCGUAACAUCUAUUCCCUACCCUUGAUCCCUUAAACUGGGCUGAGUCAAAGAAACUUGGGGUACACCCUUACCAUGCAGUUUUUGACUGCAGUAAGUCCACAGCCAUUCUCUACUCCAAGCUGGAAGAUUGAGGCCAAGUAUUCCAGCAGAGUGCUCACGGGAAACUGGGAGGAAGAGAGGAGGAAGUUCACCAAAGCCACUGACAAGACACCCCAGUCCGUUUACAGAGCAGAGUAUGUCCCCUUCCCAGGCCACAGGCCGGACCAGAUUUCCAGGUGGUAUGGGAAGAAGAAAGUUGAGGGGCUCCCGUACAAACACCUGAUCACACACCACCAGGAGCCUUCGCACCGCUACCUGGUCAGCAGCUAUGACGACCACUUCAACCGGCACAACUAUAACCCGGGGGUGCCCUCGCGCCGCACCUGGAGCGGACAGAAGCUGCUGUGGCUCCCGGAGAAAACUGACUUCCCCCUUCUCGGCCCCCCUACAAACUACGGCUUCUAUGAGCAACUGAAGCAGCGAUGGCUGGCCCCCCCGCAUGGCCUGAGGGAGAGCAUUUACACCUCCUCCUACCCCAGACCCCCCCUGAGUGCCAUGUCUCAGCGGGAGCACGCCAUCCCGGUCCCUCCCCGUCGGCUGAGCCCCAUCCCACACUUCUGAGGAUGCCCCCCAACCCCCCGGCAUGCAGGCAGAGCCAACCGGACCCCCCAGCACUGUCUGGCCAGCCGGAGAGCCCUAGAGUGUUUCAUCCGGUCCUUCCGAGGGGCCCCUGAGUCAGGGUCUGUGUUUUGGGGUCCCUGCCCCUUCUCUAACCCCUCAGGCUCCUUUCUGGUCCAUCCCACCAUUAAAGCUUUCGGCACCACGAGUGUCAUG